CAGAAUACAGGGGGGAACCCAGAUUACAGGACACACACAUUACAGUGGGGCACCCAGAAUACAGGGGGGAACCCAGAUUACAGGACACACACAUUACAGUUGGCAGACCCCUGCCCUCAGCAGCAGAGCGUUUGCCCCUGAUAUAGAGCAGAAAUGAAGAUAUCGGCCCCAUAUGGACCCUUUUUGGUUUCCCUCCUCCUUCUGACCCGAAUCACUACCUGCCAAGGGCGCUGCUACUUCCAAGCCCGAGCUCCGUGUCGAUACGGCGGCAGAAGCUUUGCCCUGGGGGAGUCGUGGCUGGGGAGUAACUGCCAGCUCUGUACCUGCCUGCACCCCGUGGGAGUCGGCUGCUGUGAGAUUACCCAGCACCCCAUUGACUUCCCAUCUUGGUGUGAAGCUCGCUACGACCCCCAGACCUGCCAGAUCUCCGUGGUGCAGAAGGCCAACCCGAGCCUCCCGUGUGUGCACAGUGCAGAUUAUGAGUGGGGUUCUGCCGGUACCGCUGAACCCACCCCCCAAACCAUCUACCCUACAGACCUUGGCAGAUAGGCGCUCGGGCCGCAGCACAACAUGGACCUUGUGCCAAGGGGCUGCUACCGCCCAUAAACUCUCCUACUACUCGCUUACCUGCUACGGGGAGUAGGACCUACCGGCGCCACCGGGGAGUAGAACGAAAUCGGAUCUCUCCCACAGGUAUAACCAGCACCACGUAUACAGAGGGCACAGAAAGCUCUGCUGGCUCACUGGGUUCUAAACACAUCGGGUCAGACUGGGACUAAUGAGCAAUGAGAUGGGACUGGCCCUAAAAUCUCAAUUGGCCCAAUCUGGAAGAAGAGGAGGAGCCGGAGAGUUUCACUGAUACAGGCCCAGGGGCAGUGAUAGAUCAUUGUGGGUCCUGGUACUACCAGAACCAGAGAUACCAACAUGAAUGCAUGGAGAUACCUGCAAGUACCAGCUCCAGCCUGUUUCCCUAGCGCCCCCUGUAUGCUCCACCCCUUUCUAUGGUGCCACUUAUAUACAUGUACCUACCUAUUAACCCAGCACGUGUAAUGUUCUGUAACUGUAACAGAACCUUCUCUGGUCUCAUAAUUAUCCCUUCUAUUUAACUGUCAGCACAAAUAAACAGCACCUUGUAUAUGGA